UUCUUCCAGUUCUUGUUCAAAUUUAUUCAACGAUGGAUCGUUGUAAUAAAAAAAAUAUUUUAAAAACAUUCAUUAUUAUUAUAACAUUUUUAUUCAUUCCUGCUGAAGUAAACUGCGAUAUUAUUCCUUUAAUCAAUUUAUCUGCUGGUGAUGUUAUUAAUAGGAUCGAUUUGAAAAACGACACUUGCGAAGUCGUCGGUAAACUAUUCGAUGACAAUAUGAUGUCAAAGUAUGUUGAAAGAAAUAAUACGCUACAUAAUUCAUGGAGGAUAGAUGACGGGGAUAGUGUAUUUUAUUAUUGCAUCUCAUACUCUCACAGAAAAGCAUCUGAUUUCGACCCGAAAAUUAAAGUUAUUAAUGAAAGACAGAAAAUUAUUGAUCGAAGUUACAAUUUACUGGGUAUUAAUGGAAGUUAUGCUGUUAAUCAAAAUUAUACCUGCGUGAGAACUAAAACUUGUCGUGUCAAAGGUAGAGAAACGGUUACGAUUAAUUUGAUGAACGGACAUAAUGUACCGAAAGAUGUCAAGCAAUUAGCUAAUGAAACAGGAGUUUUCAAAAUGAGAAGAGAGGGGAAAACGCACUACGUUUCGUCUAUUCUGAAAGGUUACUGUUUAUAUCAGCUUCUGAUUUUUGAAGUUCCUGAGUCAUCGACCAGACCCCUCGAUGCUGGCAAAGACAGUCCUGUUUACAUGAGUCAAGUUUACGUACAGAAUAACAACAAAACACUGGAAACCUGGAUCAGCAGUUAUUUGAACGACGCACAUCAAACAUUAUACAAUAUAAGUCCCGAAAAUAAAGGGACGAUAUUCAACCAAAUCCAUAAUGAGACUAUCAUUGAUCUUAAAUUGGAACCACUUCCGGCAUUGCCACCGCAAUAACAUAAGAAAAUAUUUGGAAAAAAAAAUUUAACAGGAUUCUAUAUACAUUCUUAGCGGAUCCGAAUUACGGUGAAUUACCACAAAAUACCGUAUUUCACUGCAUAAUUGCCACAUUUUACGGUAAUUGGCGGCAAAUUACGGAAAACUGCAACAAUUUGCGGUAAAAUACCAGACUUCGACCGAAAAAUACCGUAAUUUACCGCGAAUUACCGUAAGUUACCGCAAAAAUGGUGUAUUGGAACGUGAAAUACCGUACUUUUCCUAAAAUAACGCAAUUUGCAAAAAAAUACCGUAAUCUACCAUAAUGCGAAUCCGCCAGGGAUAUUUACUCGAGUGAAAAAAGAGAACUUUCCUGGUUCGAUAUUUUAUGCUCAAAGGUAGGAACCCUUCUCAUAUCAAGUUUUUUGAUUGGAUAAUUGUAUUGUUGUUAACGAAUGAAAAAACAAUUGUUUAUAUAAAAAAAAUUACAAAAUUAGUUUAUUACAUUAGUCGUUUUUACAAUGAAAUAGAUUAUAUAGCGAAUAAAUGUUUUUUUUUCAA